AUGCCAACAACAUCAUCAAACGAAGAAGCCCCAAUUAUCAUCACCGCACAAACACCACCGCAACAACGAGACAGUCGUGCCUCUAAAAACAUUUUCUCUCACCGCUCACGCACCACGUCGCCCAAACGAUGUGAGGCCCAUUCUUCAUUGGAACGACCGCCUGCCAAAACACCACCACUCCCAUCCUUAAAUAACACCAACACCAACAACACUACAGAAAUCACAGAUACUGCAGAAAAUGCAGAAAGUACAACCAUUAACAGAGUUGCAAACAACAACACUCCUCCUGCUGCUGCUGUUAUUGAGAGUGGACCCACAGAAGAAUCGACGGGGGAUGACUGGAGAGAUACACUUGGCAAAACGUACAGUGGGUGUACUUCCCAUCAUCAUCAUAAUAAUAAUUUUCUUAAUAGUAGUGGUAGUAGCAGCAAUCACCACAGCCGUACAACCAGCGGGGCACCUCGAUCUUUCUUGGGCCGAUUUGUACACAUGUUAAAAUCCUCAGGAUCGAGUAAAUCCUCACGCAAAGGAGAGGAUGGUCCACGGAAUGAACCAUACGAUGAUGAAGACUACGAUCACACCCCCGCCCAGAAGAGUAUGAACAGUGAUCACAAUAGUGGUGUGGAGGAUAAUCCCAAUCACACCCCACUGGCAACCACAAAGACGGCCACCACAAGUACACCAGAAACGGAAGGAAAUCUCGGCUGUACGAGAGAGAGAACAGGUGCAGAUGGAGAAAUGAUAAGUGAGGAAAAUGGAAACAAGGAGGAGGGUUAUUACUACACAACAGAAACGGGGGAGGUAUACUAUGUGGAUCCAACAGUAUUGGUAGAUGUUGGACACGAAGAAGAAGAGGGAGAAGAGGGAGAAGAAGAGGAAAAAGAGGAAAAAGAAGAACAACAGUUAGAUGUGCAUCAAGUAGUAAAGGGAAAGGCAGUGAAAACCCUAAUCGCAGAGGAGUCCAAGGCACGAAAACGUCUACAGCAGGACUCUCUUAUUGUUCUCGCGGAUAUUGGGAGAACAUAUAGGGCGAUGUCGCGUUCGGUGACAAAUGGAGUGCGGGAUGAAAAGACAUUACGACGAGUGUUAAAACGAUUGGAGAAGGACGCAGUGAAAGGGGCUCGUGUGAUAGAGGGAGAGUGGAAGAAGGAACACACAGAGAUGAUUCACACAUUUCGUACUACCAUAGAAGCAUAUAAAUGA